AUGGUCAACACCAUGCGCUGGAAGUUGACGAUAUUGUGGCUCUUCGUUUCGGUGUAUGCCGCACCUGUGAUAAGGUGGCGGCGUCAAAUAGUGACGCCUAAGCACUUGAUGGGACCCCCUUUGCCAACCGGCUUUCAGGGCAAGGUAGUGAUCACACCGCAGAAGCUGAGAGAAGUGGCUGAUCUGAGGGCCACGAUCCAUAAGGCCAUCGAUGAAGACACCUACGUGGUGGCCGCUCCGCCAUCGCAGGAUUUUCUGGCCAGCCUAGGUGGCAGUUGGCCAACACCUUUAUUCUUGACCCAGCCCUGGAGUGCGCCAGCCCUUAACUUUACCAUCCUUUGGCCCAGAUUCGGCUGACAGCAUGCCUUACCACUUUACUAAAUUUUGUAGAUUGUAAUAACGUCAAGAUGACCGGUCAAAGAGGUGCGGAAAUCGCAGGAGCUUCGAACCGCGCCGCUUGAAGAACUGGAAGGAACGAAAGAGUAAAUGUGAUCAACGAAACAAACAUGAAGCAAUAACUAGCAUUUCUUUAGUUUUUAUUGUUCUUUAAUUCGACAAAUCUGAAAAAAUAAUCAGGGUUUUAUAUGAAGUAAACUACGGAAUAAUACGGUUUAGCAAAUAUUGGUUGUUUUUUUGUUAUGAAUUCAAUUUCAAAUGUGUUUGCCCUGUACAACAUGUCAUCUUAACCACUAUAUAUUCAAUUAGUUUUAGCGCUAGUUAUAUUAAAGGUACCACAAACAAAAAAUGGUCUAAAAUAUAUGUUUACACUAUUUAAUAUUUGUGUGUUUUUGGGUGCGGGAUCGCAAAUCAAAAUCAAUUACACAAAAUUUGGGGUGACACACAGUUCUGAUCGAUCGAAACUCGGAUGCAAUUCUUACGUACGUCAAUACAAGUUUCACCCAAAAAAAUGUAUGUGUCCACCCGAAACAUGUUUAUGGAGACAAUAACAAUCGUGUAUAUUCUAAAACCAAGCCACAUACAUUUAAACGUCAAUAUACAUAUAUAGAAGGGGUGCCACAGAAAUUACUUCAGCGCUAAGUCGUGUACAAUUUAUAUUGAUGCACAAAAGAAACCCAACCCCCUUACAGUGCUUGGCGAUUUUUGUGGCACCCCCGUAUGUUUUACAUCUCCAAUAUAUCCAUUUCUUUAUAGGUUAAAAAAUAUGUUUCGUCUUGCGUCUUUUAAAGUUUUGUUCCCUUUGCAAUGAAAAACAAAUGCCAAAGAAUUGUCAAUGACAUAAGAAACGAUUUGAAAAUGAGUAUAAAUGAUAUAGUCGAUCAUCUCUCGACUAUUUGGCAACCCAGCACUCUAAUUAUGAUCGUAGGCGGAUUUGGAAGGUAGAUCUAGCUUUUAUCUAAUUUUAAUUUGUUUGCAUUCGUUUGACUUUUAUGUAACUUUAUUCAUUACUACAAUGGUUUUUGUUUAUGUUAAGUAAUAUAAGCAUUGUUUUAAUCAAAAUCGA